UGUUUUUGCGGCAAAAAGGAAAGAUAUAAUUUGGACGGCUUCCCACUCAACGUUCAAACAAUGACUCCGGCCCCAGAAAAUCUCCUCCACCGUCCUCUCACAACCCCGAAAUGCACCCUUGGCUGCCCGCUCCUCGACCGCUGCCUCGCCGGCGGCUUCCCCUGCAACUCCAUAACCGAGCUCUUCGCCGAGAGCGGUUGCGGCAAGACCCAGCUCUGCCUCCAAUUGGCUCUCUCCGCUCAGCUCCCGGUCUCUCUCGGCGGCCUCUCCGGCUCCUCUCUUUACAUCCACACCGAGUUCCCUUUUCCCUCUCGCCGCCUCCACCAACUCUCCCACGCCUUCCGCUCUACAUACCCUGCAAUUUUCAAGACCGAUCCCUGUGAUUCUAUAUUUGUUCACGCUGUACAUUCUGCGGACCAACUGCUCGAUAUAUUGCCUAAGAUGGAGUCGUUUCUCUCCGACCCGAAAACCCACUUGCCGGUUAAGCUUAUUGUGAUUGAUUCGAUAGCGGCGCUAUUUCGUUCCGAGUUUGAGAACUCCCCGGUUGAGCUUAAGCGGAGGUCCUCUCUGUUCUUCAAGAUUUCUGGGAAAUUGAAGUUGUUGGCGAAGAGGUUCGGUCUGGCGGUUGUGGUGACAAACCAAGUUGUAGAUUUGAUAGUGCCUGAGGGGAUAAAUGGGAUGAGGAUUGGGAAUCUGGCUUGCUUGUAUUCGUCGGGGAGACGGGUUUGUCCGGCCUUGGGACUAGCGUGGGCGAAUUGUGUGAAUUCAAGGUUGUUCUUGUCGAGGAACGAGGAGGUUGAGAAAGAAGAGAAAGGGUUAGUUGAUGUCGAUGCGAAUCGUGUGUGCACCCGAACAAGGCGGCGACUUCAUGUUGUUUUCGCGCCUCAUCUGCCGGAGGGUUCUUGUGAGCUUGUGAUCACAAGAGAAGGGGUUUUUGGUGUUGAAUGAUUGCAAAGGGGUUUUUGUGUUUAUCAUGAGUUGCUCAAGGGUGGUUGCUGAUUCCAGCAGAGGUGGUUUUGCUGAGAUUAUUUAAUCGAGUGUAAAUUUUGGUGUUGUAUAAUUUAUAUUUUAUAUGCCCCCUUAACAGCCCAUUUGGUUGAGCUAUUUUGGCAGAGAAAUAAAACAGAGUGCUAAGUGUGAUA